AUGCCUCUGUACGAUGUCCGAAGCUUAUUCUACGUCAUCGAAGACAUGAAUCAAAUCCUGAGGAUAUCACGUCGGCAUACCAUUGAUCCGAUUCCGACAAAGUUUUGUGUCCGAGAUACUAAUCGUCAAGAAGAAGAAGCAUAUGUUCAAAAUUCUACGGAUACCACGAUCUCCACGUUUGGAGGGUCCUUUCCCAUGCCCAUCGUGUCUGUUAACGUGGAAGCUGAGAAGGUGGAAGUUAUUCUUGUUACUCAGUUAACUGAUGGGAGUAGAUUUGAAACCGGAUGGCUCGUUCUCAUUUGA